AGAGAGGAGAAGUCGGAGAGGGCGGCUAAGAACUCAAAGUAGUAGGGGUGUCAGAAAGGGCUGAUUGGAUUGUUAUUAGUUAGGUUAGGAGUCAUGUGUACAUGAAUCAUUGUCCAUUUAAAAUUUGAAAGUGUUCGGCGCUGUAAUUUUUUUUCUAUUGAUCGCGGGAAAAAUUUCAGUAGGAAAGUAAUUGUCUAUUAUAGAAAGGGAAUCCCGUAAAAUUUACAGGGCAAGUUUAUGGUUAAACGCUCCUGUGUCUGUUAAAUAUUUGGGAUACAGUACAGUGUAAAUAUAAUAUGUACAUAUACGGUAUUUAUCUCGCUCUAAUCGAUUUCUCCCACUUUUCUGUAAACAACACGAAUACAACAUUCUUUAGUUUUUAAGGUGAAUUGGUGAUUAGUGGGGAGGGGGGAAGGGAGGGGAGGCUUGUAAAAUCUAAUGGUAGGAAGUGCCGGUUCCGGGCUCUGGACAUCAUUCAAGUCAAGUUCGACUGUAUGUAUAUUGAGGACAUCUGUAAUACACAACGCGCAGUUGCCACGUAGAGAAACAAAGUGGGUUAUAAAGUGAAUAUAUAAAUGGUAUAAAACCCGGUUAGUUUUGUAAAUUAUAAUAAAAAUGUCACAAGUGAUUAAAGAAACUGAUGGAGAACCCAGCAAACGCAUGAUGGUUACUUGUACCAAUGUAUCAGCUCAAGCCCAUCAGGUUUCACGGGGAAAUAGAGGAGAUAAACUGGGUAAAGUAAGAGGAUUUCGGGGCUGCACAGUUUGGCUAACAGGCUUAUCGGGUGCUGGUAAAACAUCGAUUGCUUUUAAAGUAGAAGCUAUUUUAGUCGAACGAGGAAUAGCUGCAUACGGUCUAGACGGAGAUAAUGUUAGAACAGGACUGAACUGUAACCUUGGAUUCACUCCAGAAGACAGAAAAGAAAAUAUCCGUCGUGUAGCAGAAGUUGCUAAACUAUUCGCAGAUAGUGGACAAAUUUGUCUAUGCAGUUUCGUGUCACCAUUUGAAGAAGAUCGUCAGAUGGCUCGUAAAAUUCACAAAGACUUUGACAUUCCAUUUUUUCAAGUAUUUGUUGAUACACCUCUGCCUAUUUGCGAAGCGAGAGAUACCAAAGGACUGUACAAAAAAGCGCGUCAGGGAAUAAUAAAAGGAUUUACUGGAAUAGACCAAGUAUAUGAGGAGCCAUCUAAUCCCGACUUAGUUAUCACGACUGAAAAUUGCACAUUAGAAGAAUCAGCUUCUAAAGUUAUUGAGCUUUUAGAACGUCAAUGUAUAAUUCCUGCAAUACCGAAACCACAAUCGUUAAUUAAAGAACUAUUUGUUCCAAGUACAAGAGUAUCCGAUGCUAAGAAGGAAGCAAAUGCGUUAGUUAGUAUUGAAAUAAAUUAUAUCGAUGUCCAAUGGCUUCAAGUAUUAGCUGAAGGAUGGGCUAGUCCUCUUACUGGUUUCAUGAGAGAGCAGCAAUAUCUUGAAACACAGCAUCUAGGAUGUCUGAUUGAAAAUAAUUGUGAAAUAAAUCAAUCAAUUCCUAUUGUACUGGCAAUUAACAGUGAGGAUAAGAAUAAAGUUGAGGAACACUCAGCAAUAACUUUAAAAUACAAAGGACAGCCGUUGGCAAUAUUAAGAAAACCUGAAAUUUAUCAUCAUCGUAAAGAAGAAAGAUGUGCAAGGCAAUUUGGUACCACUGACAGUAGACAUCCCUAUGUCAGAAUAAUUUAUGAUUCAGGCGAUUGGUUGAUAGGUGGAGACAUCGAAGUUCUUGAUAAAAUAAAAUGGAAUGAUGGUCUCGAUGAUUAUAGAUUGACACCAAAUGAAAUAAGAGAGAAGUGCAAAGAAAUGAAAGCUGAUGUGGUGUUUGCAUUUCAACUAAGAAAUCCCAUUCACAAUGGACACGCAAUACUUAUGCAGGAUACAAGGCGACGGUUAUUAGAUCGAGGGUUCAAAAAUCCUGUAUUAUUGUUACAUCCUUUGGGAGGAUGGACAAAAGAUGAUGACGUUCCUCUACACACUAGAAUUCUUCAACAUAAAGCUGUACUAGAGGAAAAGGUUUUAGAAGAAAAUUCAACGCUGUUGGCUAUUUUUCCAAGCCCUAUGAUGUAUGCUGGACCAGUUGAAGUCCAGUGGCAUGCAAAAGCCAGAAUGAAUACUGGUGCUAAUUUUUAUAUCGUUGGGAGAGAUCCUGCAGGAAUACCUCAUCCAGAUAAAAAUGCGACACCUGAUGGCAAUCUCUAUGACCCAACUCAUGGCGCCCGAGUCCUGACAAUGGCUCGAGGAUUAUCUAACCUCGAAAUAAUCCCUUUCAAAGUAGCAGCAUAUGACAAAAAACAUAAAAAAAUGGCUUUUUAUGACCCAGAGAGGAAAGAAGACUUUGAUUUUAUUUCUGGAACAAGGAUGCGAGGUUUGGCGAAAACGGGACAGAAUCCACCGGAUGGUUUUAUGGCCCCGAAGGCUUGGCAGGUUCUUGCGGAUUAUUAUAAAAAAAUUGAUCAAAAUAUUUAAGUAUUACGUAUAUAUAUUUUAACAUAUGAUCUGAAGAUGAGCUUUACAUCUUCCGGUUCGUAAAAUUGUAUAUUUUGUGGCAAAAAAUGACAAAAUAAAAAAAGGUCACUUCUCUUAGUAGAAGUAAAUAAAAAUAUA